UCACACGGUGCCGCCCGGCCCGGCCCGGCUCGGAUGCCGCCAUGGGGAGCCGCUUCUCCAGCAUCCCCGCGCUGCCCCGCGGCGGCCAGGGCCGCCUGCACCGCGCCCGCCACCACCGCCUCAAAGAUUCCAUUGGUGGGUCGUUUUCAGCUUCCUCCCACCGAUGCCACCACAAGCAGAAGCACUGUCUCCCCAUACCACAGUGUGGAACUCUGUCCAUCAGCCCUCUGCUGUUCCAUCCUCACACAAAGGGAUCCCAGAUCAUCAUGGACACAACACAGAAGGCAGUGAAGCGCCAGGCUAGCUUCUGCAAUGCCAUCACCUUCAGCAACAGGCCCAUUGUUAUCUAUGAACAAGUCAGGCUUAAGAUCACCAAAAAGCAGUGCUGCUGGAGCGGGGCCCUUCGGCUGGGCUUCACUUCCAAGGACCCAUCGAGGAUCAAUCCCGACACCCUGCCGAAGUACGCCUGCCCUGACCUGGUUUCCCAGAGCGGCUUUUGGGCCAAGGCUCUGCCCGAGGAGUUCGCAAACGAGGGGAACAUCAUUGCCUUCUGGGUGGACAAGAAGGGACGAGUGUUCUACAGGGUGAACGACUCCCCUGCCAUGCUCUUCUUCAGCGGCGUGAGGACGGCAGAGCCCCUCUGGGCCUUGAUCGACGUCUACGGCCUCACCCGGGGCGUGCAGCUCUUAGACAGUGAAAUCAUCCCUCCCGACUGCCUGCGGCCCCGCUCCUUCACGGCCAUCCGCCGGCCCUCGCUGCGGCGGGACACGGAGGACACGCGCCUCUCGGUCAGCCUGUGCGACCUCAACCUGCAGGAGGACGCCUUCCACGUGACGGCCACCACCUGCCCCAUCCCGCAGAACUCCCUCAACUCCCAGCACUCCCACCUGCUCCCGUCCCAGCUGGAGAGCGACCUCCGCUUCCACCUCCUCCGGGGACCCCACGUCAAAAUCCUGGAUGACCAGACCGUGGCCCGCCUGGAGCACGCCCGCGAGGAGAGGACUUUGGUGUUCACCAGCAGACCCCUUCGGAUCAACGAAACCAUUUUUGUCAAAAUCAACAAGUCCAACGCCGUGCGCACAGGGACGCUCUCCUACGGGGUGACGUCCUGCGACCCCGGCACCCUGCGCCCCAGCGACCUCCCCUACAACCCCGAAUCCCUGGUUGACCGAAAGGAGUUCUGGGCCAUCUGCCGAGUGCUGGUGCCCCUCCAGAGCGGAGACAUCCUGGGAUUUAUGGUGAAUUCCGAUGGUGAGCUGCACUUGAGCCACAACGGCGCCGGCGUUGGCAUGCAGGUGUGCGCGGACUGCUCCCAGCCCCUCUGGAUGUUCUUCGUUUUACACGGCGCCAUCAUGCAAAUUCGAUUGCUGGGUUCCACCACCUUAGCGGAGCGGCUGGGACUGUCGGCACCGAGCUCGCCCUCAUCCACACCCAACUCCCCCACCGUCCUCUGCAGUGGUGUCUCUGGCCCCUUGCUGUCUACGUGUGGCUCUGGCCCCCUCUGCAGCUCCAUCAGUGGCACAGGUCCCAACUCUCCAAGCAGCUUGCCUGAGUCACCCAUCUCCCCGUCCGUCUCAGGGCCCUGGGUAGAUGAAUGCACCAUCUGCUAUGAGAACGUGGUAGACACAGUCAUUUACUCCUGUGGACACAUGUGUCUCUGCUAUUCAUGUGGGCUGAAGCUCAAGAAGAUGGCCAAUGCCUGCUGCCCCAUUUGCAGACGGGCCAUCAAAGAUAUCAUCAAAACAUACCGCAGCACUUAGAGCAGCAGCAGAUGCCUGGUGGGGACUGGGCACAUGGGGAGGAGGCUGUGAGACAACACAGGCCUUGGUCUUUAUUCAUCACCCAGGAGAUUCAAAACUCAUCACCCACCACCAACCUGACCUCCUCUUCCACGGACAACAGAUGAGACAAGCUUAGAUGCUGCUCUUCUACCCCCCAAGCAAGCCCUGUGGCUGAACUCCAGUAUCAGGGAAGUUGCAAUGGACUACUCUCCCUUGUGGAUUUUAAACUUUAUCUCAAAAAAUGCCAGCCAGUGCAAUCAUCCCUUUCUACACCAUGCACAGCAGAGUGGAGUCUCCAUUCUUUAACAUAGACAGCAAGUGGUAAAAGGUUCAGUGCUACACAUCUCCUUCCAGAGGCACCCCACAUGCAGAGACAGCUUAGCAGAAGAGAAGAAAUGAGCAAUGUGUUUCUGUGUACAACCAGCCUGACCAGAGGAGGCUCCUUGGAAAGGAUUGAGCAAGGCAAGCAUUGACCCAGCGAGGGAGGAGCAGUGAGCACUCUCAGAGCAGGGAGGCUGGGGCCAGUGCAGAAAAGAACCCAAGAGUUGUGAAGCAACACCCACCCCAAAUCUGCAGACAGAAGAGCAGACUCCUGGCAGCCCCUUGAGGGCUGUCCCCAACUCCUCCUCCAUUGCCAUUCUCUGACAGAGGCUUUCAUGGUGGUUUUGGCAACAAACACUGGCAACAGCUCUGCUCCUUCCCAGCAGCAUCAGCCACCUCCUGACACCACCCAGUCACAUGAGGAGCAGCUCCCAAAGCCCACCGCCACCAGCCUGCGUGUGGUCUCCACGCAGCACGAGGGAUUCAGCAGCAUCUCUUCUCCCCUGGGCCUGUGAGAGAGGGAGACAUAACUCCCUCACCUUUCUCCCCCCUGCCAUCCAGACAGCACUUGUGAGGAAAAACUCCAGCCUCACGGGGGAAGAAUGUAUAAACCCACAUGUCUGUGGGUUACCUUUACUGGUAACUUUAUCACUGUGCUUUAAGACAAAACCAGCCAGGUGGUACUCUGCUCUUCACAGCCACACCGGCAGGACACAGCUGUCCUUAUGUGUUAGGAAGUAAGGAAUGAGAGAAAAAUAACUUGAGGGGUUUGGUUUGCUUUGGUUUAUUAAAACAAAUCUCCUUCUCUGCUGCCUGAGUGAGGAGCCUGGCUGUGCCCAGCAGGGACAGUGGUGGCCCCCACAGUUCCCAUGCAAACAUCUGCUGCUCUGCCAUGGCUACAGGUGUGACCCAGGGCUGCUGGCCCUUGGGGCUGGGCUGUGUGGCUUGGCAGCAGCAGGAGCUGUCUGCCUCCCUUCCCAACCCAUCCUGCUCCUUCCUGGGCUGCAGGGGAGGGAGGGACGGUGUCUGGGUCCUGAGCGGAGUCAGGGCUAGGGUGCCAUGGCAGUGGAGUUUGCCCCCACCACAUCACCCACCUGGCCAGACCAGGGAAGGCCAUGGAGUCACAGCCUUCCUGCUGAGCUUUCCCUUGCACCCGAGCAUUUGGCCAUUGAUGGGACGGGGGGAACAGUGUGGUGAAGGGAUAACUAUUUAAUGUACACAUGCACUUGCUGCAGGGGACAUCAUGUUCCCCCACCCCCCAGCAGCAGGUGGGGGAACAUGACACCCACACUGGCAGAGCUGAUCCUAAAAACACCUGGAAAACACAU